CUUCGUUACAUGUUGGUGGUGAAAGUAUAAUAAGCGCACCAAUCAUACACAAAAAUUGUAGUGUGAAGUUUUAUUCUUUUGUUCCAACAGAUCUACAAGAACAUAUUGUUAUCAUUUCAAAAG